AUGCGUUGGGAAUUUAAAGUAGAUAAUUCAUUUGAAAAUCGUCGUAAAGAAGGUUUACGUAUUCGUCGUGAAUAUCCUGAUCGUAUACCGACUAUUGUUGAACGAGCACCACAAUCACAUAUUCAAGAAUUAUCAUCAAAAAAAUUUUUAGUACCAAAUGACCUAACAGUGGGGCAAUUUUAUUUUCUUAUUCGAAAACGUAUUCAAUUACCACCUGAAGAUGCUCUAUUUUUUUUUGUUAAUAAUACAAUUCCACAAGCAUCGUUAACUAUGGGUGAUUUAUAUAAACAACAUGCUGAUGAAGAUCAAUUUUUAUAUGUGGCAUAUAGUGAAGAAUCAGUGUUUGGAUAA